GGGGAGGGGUGUUAGAACGAGAUCAGCUAUAUAAACAUGCACAUUUCAUCUAUAUAUAUGUGGCCGAUUUUAAGACCUUAUAGUAUAUCACUCUAACAACUUGCCAAACUCGAUCAAUUCGAUCAACACACUCACCUCAUUAUAUCACAUUCUGUUCCGCGAGAUUUUUAGAAAACCACCAAACAUGGUGUCAGCCAGAAUUGGCGACACUGGUCUGGCCAACAUGACGAACCUACCUGUACGGGUCCUCAUGAGCCGAUGGUUUAUGGUGUUUGGCACCAUCUUGAUUCUGUCGGCGGCCGGUGCCACCUACAUGUUUAGCCUAUAUUCCGGUGACAUAAAAUCAUCUCUUGGCUAUGACCAAACCACCCUCAAUAUACUAAGUUUCUUCAAAGACUUAGGAUCCAAUGUUGGUGUCUUAUCAGGUCUAAUUAAUGAAAUUUCACCACCAUGGGUAGUCCUUUCAAUUGGGGCCGUUCUUAAUUUCUUUGGCUAUUUCAUGAUAUGGAUGGCCGUGACCAAAAAAACGUCCACACCUAAAGUUUGGCUAAUGUGUUUGUACAUGUGUAUUGGUGGAAAUUCACAAUCUUUUGCUAAUACUGGAGCACUUGUGACAUGUGUCAAGAAUUUUCCAGAGUCUCGUGGUGCUAUUCUUGGACUUCUCAAGGGUUUUGUUGGUCUAAGUGGUGCAAUUUUGACUCAAAUUUAUCAUGCAAUUUAUGGUAAUGAUUCUAAGUCUUUAAUCUUGCUUAUUGGUUGGCUUCCUGCUGUUAUUUCCUUUGUUUUCUUACGUACAAUUAGGAUCAUGAAAGUGGUUAGAAUUGCACAUGAGCUCAAAGUGUUCUAUAGAUUUUUGUAUUUGUCACUUGGCCUGGCUGGAUAUCUCAUGGUGAUUAUCAUACUUCAAAAGAAAUUGGAUUUUACAAGGGUCGAGUAUGUUUUGAGUGCAGUGCUUGUUCUUUUCUUGCUUUUCUUACCACUUGGUUUAGUAAUAAAGGAAGAAAUUGAUUCAUGGAAAGUUAAGAAACAAGCCUUGGAUAGUAUUUCCGAAGUGAAAGUAGUCACUGAGAAACCAAAAUAUGAGGCUCCUCAGCUACCACCAUUAUCAGCUGCCACCACUGCUGUUUUCGAGAAACAAGCCUUGGAUAGUGUUCCCGAGGUGCAAGUAGAAACCGAGAAGUCAAAAGGUGAUCAGGCUACUCAGCUACCAUUAUCGUCAGCUGUCACCAGUACUGUUGUUGACUCGAAAGAUCCUGAAGUUUCUUGCUGGAAGACAGUUUUUCGGCCACCGGACCGAGGCGAAGACUUCACUAUACUUCAAGCCCUCUUCAGUCUUGACAUGUUAAUCCUUUUUCUUGCUACAAUUUGUGGAAUUGGAGGGACUUUAACAGCUAUUGACAACUUGGGACAAAUUGGAACAUCACUUGGCUACCCAAAAAAGAGUAUUAGCACAUUUGUGUCCCUAGUGAGCAUAUGGAAUUAUUUAGGAAGAGUUGUGGCCGGUUUCCUAUCUGAACAUUUCUUGAAAAAAUACAAAUUUCCAAGAACCUUAGCCCUAACCAUAACACUAAUAAUUUCUUGCAUAGGCCACAUUCUCAUUGCAUUUAAUGUUCCUGGUGGACUCUAUGUUGCAUCCAUAAUUAUUGGAUUUUGCUUUGGGGCUCAAUGGCCACUACUUUUUGCAAUAAUUUCUGAACUUUUUGGACUAAAGUACUACUCAACUUUGUACAAUUUUGGGUCAGUGGCAAGUCCAAUUGGUUCAUAUUUGCUUAAUGUGAGAGUGGCUGGUCAUUUAUAUGAUAAAGAAGCAGAGAAACAAUUGAAGGCAUUGGGAAGGGAGAGAAUGAAAGGGGAAGACUUGAAUUGUGAUGGAGUUGAGUGUUUUAAAUUGGCUUUUAUUAUUAUUACAGCAGUUACUAUUUUUGGAGCUUUUGUUUCUAUUAUUUUGGUGAUUAGGACAAGGAAGUUUUAUAAGAGUGAUAUUUAUAAGAAAUUCAGAGAACAAGCUAAGGCUGCUGAGAUGGAAAUGGCAGUAGCACAAGAUGGUACUAAGGGAUAGAUUGGAAUGAAGUAGAUUGGAAUGAAGCAAGAAGACAAAAUAUUGAAGAGAGAAAACAGUGGAGAAAAGUCAAAGAGAAAAGAAAAGAUUAGAUACUUUUUGGCAUCUUUGAAAUAUACUACGUGUAGUGUAUAAACUUGGUACCAUAUAUAGCUCAAGUGUCAUGGAUAAAUUUGAUGACCGUGAAAUAUAGUUUGGAUAUUUUCUCUUA